AUCACAUCUCAGUAAAAUGACGUUUGUUUAUCAAGGAGAUACCGAUUUAGAGGCUAAAGCUAAAAAAGCUGCUGAACGGAUCUCAGAAAACAUGCAUAUCGUAGCCAACGAGCCUUCCCUAGCCUUGUACAGGCUACAAGAGCAUGUGAGGAAGGCCCUGCCGCCCAUGGUGGAGCGCAGAGUCGAAGUCACGAAGCUACAGCAUGAGCUUCAGGGGCGGUGCUAUGACGUGGAGUAUGCAUUGAGUGCAGUAAAAUCAAUGGACAGCGCAGCAACCAGCUUCACAAACAUACAGGAAAUGCUCAAACAAUCCAUAUUUCUAAAACAACAACUGAAAUACGAGGAGGGUAGGAGAAAUAAAAAAGAUUCCAGUUCCGUUUACAAACGUCUCUCCGCACACAUUGUUUUAGACUUACCCGAUCUUUCAGAGUUCUCGAUGGUUAGGGAGACCACUAACCGGAUAGAAAAUAUGAUGGCGCACGCCAGGGGAUCCUCGGCUGAGUUGCAUAGGUCUCAUACUACAUUGCAUUGAAUUAUGGUGUAGAUCAGCUAUACUUAACC